AUGAGUGGGCAACAAGUAACGGACAACCCAUGUUUAGAAACGGGGGAGAGACACAAAACGCCUGACAUUUUGACAGCAGGGAGUGAUGAACGUUUUUUUCAGUCUCUGUAUCAGUUUAUUGAACACGAGAAAUUGUACCUGGAGUGUCCAACAGAGGGCCCAGACGAACUUCUCUACAUCAUCUACCGCUCAGUGUUCAACAAGGUAAUUGGACGAGCAACAGCCUACAAGAGACUUCUACUGACUAUAAAAGCGGAGUAUGACGAUGCCAUCAGGGAACUGCAGAGAAGGGAGGAGGAGGCCAGAGAGACACAGCAAACUCUUGCAGCCUCAGCAUCACAUCCAAAAUCACUGAUAAUGUGCCAGAGACGCAUCGACCAUCUCAGGGACAGACUCUCUGCCCUUCGGAAAGAAACAGCAGAACAUCAAGAGGAGAUCAAGAAACAGAAAUCAAUUAAAGAGCAGAGCACAUGGAUACCUGGUCUGACUGUGGCUCAGUCGAAGGACUUUGAGGCUCUUAAUGCUCACUUAAAUUAUCUUGAAGCUCAGAGAGACGCUCUACUGAGCAGAAAGAGUCACUGCAUCUCUGUGGAGGUCAAAACUGAGCUGGACGCCAAACUGCAUGCCACAGAGCAGCUCAGAAACCAGCUGAGCACUGAGAAUGUUAAGCUGAAAGGCCUAUUUAAAUGUUUGAAGUUUGUGUCUGAUCGUCUGUGCUACUGGAGGGAUGAGCAGCAGCAGGUUCCUCUAGAGGAACUCCUGGGGUCAACAAUGGAGAACUUCAGACAAAGCAGUGAUGAGGACUCCAGGAGCAUUAACGUCCAGCUGUUUGAAGAUGACGAGCCAUGUGGCGUCGACCAGUCCAAACUCCUGUCUGGGCACUUAGAAAAGUUUAUUGAGCUUUUUGAUUCUGCUCAGUAUGAGGAAGCUGCUCUUCAUGCUGCAAGGUCACCUCGAGGAGUCCUGAGGAACCUUGACACCAUGGAGAUGUUUAAAGGUGUGACUACUCCUCAGGGGUCCUUCCCCCCUCUCCUGCUCUUCUUCGAGGCCCUUCUGCUGACCCUCCCAGCUGGUGACAAGCUGUCGGCUGCUCUCUCCGUAGAAAUGGUCGACUGUGCUCUGCAGCACAACAACACCCAGCUCGUCAACCACACCAUCACACACAACAAACUGACCUGCUCUCAGGUCCUGGGUGACAUUCUGACUGAGCAUGCUCAGAAGAAUAGCUGUGUUUCUGACUUGUGUCUGGCUUUGGCCACUGUCACCUACGAGGCUUGCAGGCUGGACAGGAAGACUGCACUGAGCAUGUGCAAGAGAGGCCUGUUCCACAGCACUGCAGAGUUCAUCAGCAACUGCAAGGAUCUAACAGCUGAGGACUGUAUGUGGGUUCUGUAUCACUCGCCCAGCCUCUUACUUCUCCAGUUAUUGACGGAGUCUCAGCAGGACCAGGCAGCCAUCUUGUCAGCAGGCGUGGUCCUUUCCACUCUGCUGACAGACCCUUCACAACAGGAGCUGGCUCUGCAGCUCCUCAACAGCUUUGUCAGCAGAGGACAAGGGGUUCUGGAGAAGGUGAUUCUGGAGGACAGCAGGUCUUCAGUGGAUGACUGGAGCAACAUAGCAUCUCAGUGCUCUAGGCUGAACCACGCUGGCCUGAGCCAAGUCAUCCUGUCCAUCCUGUUGGACCAGAGCGGGACCAGAGUGCUGUCCCCAGACCUGGAGGGAGCCGGUCUUAUAGAGCACAUCUUCUUUUGA